AUGAGCGCCCCUCUCUCCAAGGAGCUCCGUGAGAAGUACAACGUCCGCUCCAUCCCCGUCCGCAAGGACGACGAGGUCACCAUCGUCCGUGGUGCCAACAAGGGCAAGGAGGGCAAGGUCACCUCCGUCUACCGCCUGAAGUACGUCAUCCACAUCGCUGGCGUCAACCGCGACAAGGUCUCCGGCCAGUCCGUCCCCCUCGGCAUCCACCCCUCCAACGUCGUCGUCAACAAGCUCAAGCUUGACAAGGACCGCGAGUCCAUCCUUGAGCGCAUCAAGGUCGGCCGCGAGCUUCGCGUCAAGUCCACCGCCUCUGCCUAA